CACCCUCAGCCCCUGCACCCCCCGGGCGGCACUUUGGCGGAGUUGAUGGCCGGGCGCGGAGGAUCGUGAGCCCGGAGGCUGGCACUCGUCCCCGGCGGGGCAGGCUGGAUGCGGCUGGCGGCUGCGCGGAGCUCCGGGGCCCCCGAUGAUGGAGAUCCUGUGGCUUCUGCUCCUGUCUCUGCUCCCCGGACCCGGCAGCGGACAAGGCGCUUACGCACCAGCUCAGGCUCAGAUCAUCCAUGCCGGUCAGGCAUGUGUGGUAAAAGAGGACAACAUGAGCGAGCGGGUCUACACCAUCCGAGAGGGAGAUACUCUAGUACUGCAGUGUCUGAUCAGCGGACACCCGCGGCCGCAGGUUCGAUGGACAAAAACCGCAGGCAGUGCAUCAGAAAAAUUCCAGGAGACCUCCAUCUACAAUGAGACUUUACGCAUCGAAAAGGUCCAGAGGAUGCAGGGAGGUCGAUACUAUUGUAAAGCCGAGAAUGGGGUUGGGGUCCCGGCCAUCAAGUCCAUUCGAGUAGAUGUGCAGUAUCUAGAUGAACCCAUUUUAACCAUUCACCAGACCAUCAGUGACGUUAGAGGGAGCUUCUAUCAGGAGAAGACCGUGUUCCUGCGAUGUACUGUCAGCUCCAACCCACCUGCUCGCUUCAUCUGGAAACGGGAAACGGAGACUUUGUCACACAAUCAGGACAAUGGUGUGGACAUCUACGAGCCUCUCUACACACAGGGUGAAACCAAAGUGCUGAAGCUGAAGAACCUGCGUCCUCAGGAUUACGCCAACUACACGUGCCAGGUGUCUGUGCGCAACGUCUGCGGGAUCCCGGAUAAAUCCAUCACUUUCCGCCUCACUAAUAAGACUGGAGCAGCUUGGUGGGGACGAACAGGAGGCGACAAAAAGCUGUAUAGAAGCAAGAAAUCGCUCCAGUCUCCCCUAUGGCUCAAAGCAGAGGCCGCUCCUCCGGCUCUCAAGAUGUCAGUGAAUGAGACGCUGGUGGUGAAUCCAGGAGACGACGUCACCAUGCAGUGCACGCUUACCGGAGGCGACCCCCCACCCAAAGCCGUCUGGUCUCACUCCCCGAACCCCAUGCCACCCAACAGCAUUAGUAAAGGGGGGAAUCUCACCAUACGGCAGAUCCGAGCGGAGGACUCCGGCUUCUACAACUGCACGGCCAUCAACAACGUGGGGAACCCGGCCAAGAAGACGGUCAACCUCCUAGUGAGAUCUAUGAGGAACCUCACCUAUCAGAUCACCCCUGACGUCAUCAAGGAGAGCGAGACCAUCCAGCUGGGCCAGGACCUGAAGAUCUCCUGCCACGUGGACGCCGUGCCCCAAGACAAGGUCCAGUACACCUGGUACAAGAACCAGAAGGUCAUAAAGACCUCGGACCGCAUCGUGAUCACCAAGAAUGACCUAGAGCUGCCCCCGGUCACCAGCAGCCUGGAGAUCAUUGACCUUCGCUUUAGUGACUAUGGCACCUACUUGUGUGACGCCUCGUUGCCCAAUCUGCCCCUCACCCUGAACAGCAGCGACAUCAACAUCUCCGCAGAGACAGUCCCUCCGUCCAUCAGCGUCCCCCGGGGGCAGAUAGUCAUCACCGUAAGGGAGGGGUCCACCGCGGAGCUGCAGUGCGAGGUGCGAGGAAAGCCGCUGCCGCCGGUUUUGUGGACUCGAAUGGACAAGGAGGCCACGUUCCCCAAUGGUGAAAAGCUCAUAGAAACUCCGGACGGAAAACUGAGGCUGGAAAACGUCACCCGAGAAAUGAGCGGAGGCUAUAAGUGUCAAACGGCGAGAUAUAACGGCUUCAACAUCCGAUCCAGGGAGGCCGCAGUGCAGCUGAAUGUGCAGUUUGCACCAGUCGUGGAGCCUAAGUUCCAGGACCUCCGUUUGCCGAUGAAGCGCAGCGUCACCUUGAGGUGUAACAUGUUGAAGGGGAGUCCGGUGAAAGUGGCCACUGCGGUAUGGAGGUUUGAGCGGAGCCUGUUGAGCGUUCCCCCCAUAGAGCAGCAGGAGUUUUCUGAAUACAAGAUCAACAGCACGAGGCGAGAGACGAGCGGCACCUACGAGUGCACCAUCUCCAACGACGUGGGCUCCGACUCCUGUGUCUUUCAGGUCACCGGCAGAGCAUACAACCCCGAGUUCUACUACGACACCCCAAAACCCAUCGAGAGUUUCAAGCAGUUCAAGAAUUAUUCUUAUCUCAUUCAAUGGACGCAGAAAGAGCCCGGCGCCGUGGAUCCGGUCCUGCACUACAAGCUGGAGCUGAAGCCGCCAAACAUGAAGGGAAUGAACAGCUUUGUGGUGACCAGCCGGGAUUCGAGGAAAGGCUUCCUGUACGAGCUCCGACUGACCGACCUCAAGAUCCCCCAACACUACGAGGUGAAGAUCACCCCGCACACCGUGUCUGGACCCGGCGACUCUGCCUCCCGGAGCAUCCGCUACAAAGAGCCUUUCAACUACCCGAGCCAAUCAGACAGCACCUGCAGGUUCGAGGACGACAAGCUUUGCGGAUUCGUCCAGGAUAAAUUCGACACCUUCGACUGGAUCCGUCAGAGCAAAGUAACCCAGAGCUUGAGGAGAACGGCGAACACGGGGCCGGAGAUGGACCGCAGCGGCACGCCAGAGGGUUUCUACAUGUUUAUUGAAGCCUCAAGACCUCGUCGGUUCGGAGACAAGGCGAGACUCGUCAGCCCCUUGUACAACAUAACCUCCAGGUUUCCAUCUCUAAAGACAACGUAUUGUGUGUCCUUCUGCUAUCACAUGUAUGGGAGGCACAUAGGUAACUUAACUGUUUUGUUGCGUCUCAAGAACAUCGUCAGCCAAGAUAUUCCUGUUUGGUCCAAGAAAGGCGACCAAGGAAACAAGUGGCAGUUAGAGAAUCUGCAGGUGAACCCGACGGCGCCCUUCCAGAUCGUGUUUGAAUGUGUUAUUGGAAAAGGGGUGGAAGGCGACAUGGCCAUCGAUGACGUCACCAUAAGGAAGGGAGAGUGUCCAAAAAGACUGAUCCCCCCAACAAAAGCAGUGGCGGCCCCCAGCAGUGCUGCCUGUCACCCCCUCUCAGGAUUUCGACUCUGGCUUGCAUCUUUCCUUCUCUUUGUUCUCCUGAGAUGAUACAAAGUGGCAUCUACUGGAUUCUGAUUGAUUCCUCCCCAACCUUGCGCCCUUAUCUCCUCUUUCCUCCUCCACCGACACACCAAAGUGUCCAGAUCUUACCAAAGACCGGCAGGCAUGACUGCUUGAAGGAGCCGACAACAGACUGAGUGGUUCCUUUAAGAAGACCAUUGCGUCUACAAUUCAACCAAGGGGAGAGAGAAAAAAAACCAAGAAGGAAUUACAAAAACAGCGAGAGAUACAAGCAAAAAGGCGCGAGAGAGACGGAGAUGGGACAGUAGGGAAGUGGUAAGACUUAGGAGACAUUCAGACGUCCACACAGGCGAUGUGGAAACAAACCAUAAAAAGCUAUUCGUAAUGGACCGUAUGGAAAACAUAAGCACAAAUUUCUAAUGAAACUGUGGAGACCGUGGCUGGAGAAUGUUACUCUGCUCCAGGGCAGGAACCUUGUCAUCGACGUCCCAGCUCCUGCGCCAGGAUUUUCUAAGUAGAUCCCUUGCGUGCUGCUCAAUGUCAUAUAAGCUCAUGUAUGCUCAUGCCAGAUGCAUGUUCUUCCGAGUUCAUAUGUUCUUGUAUCUCCAUGUAAUCAUGUGUCCUUCCCAUGCAUUCCUUGGUCACCGAGAGGGCACUGACCCUCGCCAAGGGACGAUUGUAGACUUUAGUUCGCUCAUCGCUCUCAUUCUAGGUCUUCCCAGCGGCCAUAUAGACCAGGCAAUCACGUCACGGGGCCAGAAUGUAAUGCCCUAGUGGUCAGAAGGACCAGAGACUGGAGGCCGUUGACAGCUUGCUGUAUUAGAUAUCUAUUAUAGAGGGGUAUAUACAAUGGCGGCUGCUGAAUCCGGCUGAUAUUUAGUGGUUUAUCUAUCCCAAAACAUAAACAAAAGUGCCCAAUAGAAAACCAGGUAUGUGCGCUGAGCACCACGCCACCCUCCAUCCACAUACCUCACCAUCUUCAUUGACCAUGGCUCAUAGAUUUCCGCAGGGGACAGAGGUCAUCUGAUCUAUAAGAUGACAUUUAGGUUAUUGUUACCAAAUCUGAAAAUUUUAAAUAAACUGAUAUUG